UGGCGCGACCGAAAGGCCGUUCCCAGCCUUUGUUUAUUUACUGAUCGUUUCAGCCGCAGCGCGGCCUCCAGCGCUCACACCGUCUGCGCCGCCAACGAAUGACCGGGAUGAGACGCGAGCUCCGGAGCCGAAGGGGCGUGGUCAGGGCGUGCCUGGGGGCGUGGCCAAGACCGAGGUUAUAAAAGGGAGGCGGACAGCGCCCCUCCCCUCAGUCAAGAUGGCGGCGCUGAGGGCGGCGGGGGCGGCGCUGCUGCGGCCCCGGGCCGGGCCGGCCCCGGCUGUGCUGGGCUACCACAAGAAGGUGGUGGAUCACUACGAGAACCCGCGCAAUGUCGGCUCCCUCGACCGCAAUUCCAAGAACGUGGGCACCGGCCUGGUGGGCGCCCCGGCCUGCGGCGACGUCAUGAAGCUGCAGGUGGAAGUGGAUGAGAACGGCAAGAUCGUGGACGCUCGCUUCAAAACGUUCGGCUGCGGCUCAGCCAUCGCCUCCAGCUCGCUGGCCACGGAGUGGGUCAAAGGGAAAACGGUUGAUGAAGCGCUGAAAAUCAAGAACACAGAUAUUGCCAAGGAACUCUGCCUUCCCCCUGUCAAACUGCACUGCUCCAUGCUGGCUGAAGACGCCAUCAAGGCUGCCUUGGCUGAUUACAAACUGAAGCAGGAUCCAAACAGAGAAUCCAACAAAGAAUCCGACAAAACAGCCGACAAUGCCUGAACUGCCUGCGCAGCUUCCCCUCCUCACUCCCUCCUCACUCUGCAGUGCAAUUCCCGAGCUGUUGUAGGACCCUGUGCACUACUCAAGCUGUAAGAUACGCACAAGUUACGCACAACGUGUCCCUGUGGUGUCCAGGCACCCCCUAGUGCUCCCCUGGCUGGGGGCUGCUGUCCCCUCGGGAAUGCCGCGGGACGACUCCGCUCCGGAGACCCAACCCCGCUGUCCGGUACUGGAAGGGCUGCACUUUUCAUUUUUGUUUUGGGAAGAUGUCUAGUUUUGCCUAAUAUCUCAUGGAAUUUGGUGGGAAGCGUUGCCCUGGUUUGGAUGUGUGUGUGUGUGUGUGAGAUGUGGGGCCGUCCCUGGCUCUGGCUGGGUCAGGGUUGGUUUCGUAAUCCAGGAGCAAAUUCCUGCUCUUGGAAUUCUGGGAAUGUUUUGCUGGUGCCAAAGGGAAAAGUGACCAGGAAACACCGGUGGUUUCUGCUCUCAUCCUGUCACCACUUAAUUUUUGAAGCACUUGUUUGAGGAGCAGCCU